CCUUCAAAUGCAUCCCGGCACCAUGUACUCCAGCUCGGAGGAUUCUGCGCUCUCUGCGUACCCUUCCAGGUCCUACGACCCUGCUCUCUCGGACGAUCGCUCUGCUGUGUCGCGCUCCAGUGCUUCGCGCUCACCCCCAGCCGAGGCAGACCCGCUCGCGGUCGGCCAUGGCGCAGACCAAGCCCCAGCCAAGGCUCCGUCAAAACGUCGCGAAAAGCCUCGGAUUGACCUUGCUCCAGACCAGCCUCUGACUACCCAAGGGAAGCCCCGAGCCAGAGUUUACGUAGCCUGUGUUCAAUGCCGAACCCGCAAAAUACGAUGCGACGGGGCCAAGCCUGUAUGCCACAACUGCAGCCGCCGCGUCGCCACAGGCGCGGACGACGCGACACCCUGCACGUACGACGCCGCCCCGAAGCGGCGGGGCCCCGACAGGAACCCCGGCUCGCGCCAGCGGGUGCCCCCGCAGGAGACCACAGAGGGAGGCAAGGUGCGGCGCCGACGAAGGCGAGGCACGGGACCCUCGCCUGACAGGGGAGCUCCCAUGGCUGCGCCGGCCUCCAUCCACGCGCUCGCAAGCUCCGGCGACGUGCUCGCGCCUGAGCCGAGGGUCCCACAGAUCUCCGCACCGGCCCUCGCCCCUGCGUACGCGCUCGAGCCGCUUGCACCGUCCCAGGCAAGUUCGUCACGCACCGUGCGAGCGGACGACAUCUAUCGUACUCCGCAGCAGGGGAGCGUGGCAGCCCGAGUGGACGAAAUGGGCACGAGCAAUGCUGGGCACGUCUCGUCGCUGAGGGGCAUCAUCCAUCCAUCCAAUAAUCUGCAGCGGCUCGUAACUGUGUCCGAGCCGCCGUACUCCCAUGCACAGAUAUCACCGGUACAGCAGUCUUUUGCACAGCAAUCGCCCAUUCAGGGAACUCCCUACGCAAGCUAUGUUUCCGCCAAUAGGUCCUCAAGCUCGCACGUCAGCAGAGAAUUUGAAUACGACGAAGACAAUGACCAGAACACGGGCGGCAUUGGCCCAGAGCCAUCGAUGCAGCUGGCGCGCGACACUUGGUGGGACGCUUUGCUUUCGAUGUACUCGAGUCACGCGCACCCGCUCAUGCCAGGUGGCGCCGCCCUUACGCCCGGUGUGCGGGACACGAUGUCUCAGCGGAUUACGGCCGACCUGCGUUUCUUGUUCCGCGCGUCCAACUACUGGUUCGCGUUCUUCAAUGUGCCGCGGUUCUUCGCCCGCCUGCUAGACCCAGUCAAGCGAUCGUCGUUGCAGCCUAGCAUCGUACUCGCCGCGCUGGCGGCAGCCAACUUCAUCAGGAGCUCGGAGCAGGAAGACGGGGCGACAGGCAGGUCGUGGGCACUGACACUGCUCCAGGAGGCGCAGGGCUCGCUCGAGUCGAGCAUCAACGCGCGGUGGAUAGAUGAGAGCCUGGUGCAAGCGAGCUGGCUCAUCGCGUUCUUCGAGAUCUCGGCCCACCCGCUGCACAACGCGAUGCGCGUGCGCAGCGCGCUGAGCAUGCUCGACUCGCUCAUCCGCAGCCUCGCCAUGUCCGCGCUCGACCGCGACGACCACCGCGUGUCGCGCUUCGCCACGCGCUCCGUGCCGACGGUCGCCAGCGCCGAGUACGCCGGCGGCGGCCGCGACGCGUGGGACCUCCGCGCGUCCCACGCACACGCCCCCGGGCACGCGCUGCCGCCGCAGCCGCCCGCGCGGGCAGAGUGUGCGUGCCAGGCGUACACGCUCGGCAGCAACUGGGGGCACGCGCAGGAGCUGACGCCGCUGUGGCUGAUGACGCCGGCGUGGCGGGAGGAGCUGAGCGAGGCGGAGGUACGCAAGGAGGAGUGCCGCCGGCUCGUGUGGAGCGCCGUCAUGAUGGUCGCCGGCUACACGAGCUACAUGGCGGCGAACAACGUCAUGCCGACGAUCGACCUCACGCUCAUGGAGCCUGCGAACUACGCGUUGCUCUUCCCCGGUGAGGAGCUCAUGCGCGCGUCCGCGGGCGGGAAGGAGAGCGUCUGGGCGCUGUACAUGCGCACGAUCCUCCUGUGGCACAGCUGCGUGCGCAUGCGCUGGGACCCGUGCCGGGCGGACGCGGAGAAGGCGCAGUUUGCCGUCCAAGCUUGGCUCGAGGUGGACAAGAUUCAGAAGGCGCUCGACGCGCACACGUGUGGUGUCGAGCGAGCAUUCCUCUUCCAGGGGAGGGAGUACCUGUUCAACACGCGUAUGUGUAUAUCAUUCGAGUUUAGGAGGUAUAUUCCGCAAGUCAACGCAAACACAAACAUGGUCUUCCACCGUCAGAAGGCGGAGGAGUGGCUCAAGCAUCAGGCUUCGAUAGCCAAGCGGACGAUGUAUGGUCUGCAGAGCAUCACGGGCCAGCCGAACGUCACCCUCGCGCGGAGGCCAUUCUUUGGCUCCUGGUUCAUGUCACAAGUGUCGAGGGCCUUAUUGCUCUGGUCGUGUGACCAUAGCCUCAUUGUCGCCUUAGAGGUGGCAAAAGCACUACUUGACCCAAUCGAAUAUUUGAUGUCCAUGUGGCCAUGUCCAGACCAAAGAAAGCGCUACGGUGAAAUACGGACGACCCUAGACCGAGCGUGCUACGCAGCGGGUAUACCCCCACCAUCGCCAGGGCCGCAGCACCCAGGCGCGCCUCCUGAGGCUGCUAUCGCUCCUGCAUAACACACCUGUCAUCUACGUCUUGUUCAACAUCAAACAAACCUGUGCACCUAUGACUCUCGCCACUUUUUGUUGUAUUGUCUAGGCUGUACUGGCGCUUGCGUAGCAUGCUGUUGUACCACUGUAUUCUCUUUCUUCGGGGCCCCUUCUGCCUGGCUGUAGCUAUGCCAGAGCACAACGUUAUUACUUG